AACACGAGACAUGAAAUCUUAUAUAGCUACAUGGCGAAGAAGUGCCAUUUAGUAUAAUACAGUGCGGUUUUCAAUUUGAUUCCUAACACUAUUGCAAAUCAGAAAUAACGGUCUGGACCUUCGUUUAUUUCAGAGUAUGUGAAAAGAUCCAUAAACACAUAAAUGUGUAGAGGUUGGUCGCAAGAUACAAGUUCACGAUAACCUCGAAAUGAAACACUCCCUUUGGAAUAUCAGAACUGUUAUUUUUAUUAUUUUAUUGCCACAUGUCAUUGCACUGUAUGAAGACCUUAGUGAGAUUUGUUUAGGAGAAAGAUAUACACAAUAUUAUAAGUCUCUUCAACCGAAUAUAUCCUACGUUGCGGUGCCAUUUCCGUUUGUAACAAACGAAACGAAUGUAACACUGACAUGUGCUGGGCAGGCCAAGGUUCAGAUACAGGACACAGCUAGGUACAUAAGGGUUAUGUUCCAAAAGAAUAAUAAGAUGUUUCACCAAUGUAGAAAAGAAGGGGUGCGUAUUUCAAGAAUAUCCUGCAGUAUUAGCGUCACUGGACUCACCAGCAACGACACAUUUACAUGCAUUAUUAAAAGCGGAAUGGCACCAUGCAACGCCGCUCGCCUGAGUUUUCAAGUUGAAGGACUAUCUUCUCUGAAUGCUUCACUUACGUAUGCCACAAUCAGAAACGACUUAAGAAAAAUUGAAGUAUCUUGUAUCGGUACUGGAAUACCUGAACCUGAUGUGGUAUGGUUAUUAAACGGCUCUAUGAUCAAUCACACAAGUACUCAAUAUGAUACGAAACGAAAACGUGAAAUUGGCCAAAAUGCGUAUCGCGUGAAUUCAACAAUCAUCAUUAGUGGAAGAAAAUUCCCGAUGAGCAUACGUUGUGUAGUGCAAAAUGGAAAAUAUAAAGUUCACUCGAGAACUGUGUAUGUAUUACACGUUGAAGUUGUUGGCGUGGAACAGACAAACGCAAUGGUUCGCUGGUUCGGUCUUUCAGCUUUGGGUACACGUCUCAUGAAUGUUUCUGUUUUUACCGUUACCUUGAAGUGUGGCAAGGAAUUUAAUAAAACCAUCACAAUAUACAACAAGUCAAGCGUUAUAUUCACAGAUCUCACGAGAGGUAGAGAAUAUGUCAUAGAGGUUGAAGCAUUUACGAAGAGAAAUGAUGUAAUCCUAGGAGCUGCAAAGCUUUUUCUACCAGAUAAACUUCCCAGGCCAAGUCAUGUCUACCUUGCAAAGAUUACUUCCAAAAGAGCAGUGGUUAAAUGGGAAAAGAUUUCAGCAAACCAAAAAAUUCAUGGCGUUUUGCUGGGGUAUAAAUUGACGCUUAUUGGCAAGACAAGGGAAAUAGAUUUCACUCUGGCAAACCACACUAAUCACGUAGUGUUACAUGACCUAACCCCGAGAUCUAAUUAUACCCUCUCAGUACGAGGAUUCACACAGUAUGAUGAUGGAUAUAUUGAGCUUUUCAACUUUUCAUCAUUAGAUGUAAUUCCUGCACCGAAGAACGUGCAGAUUGUUAUCUUGUCCAAAAAUUCAGCUGGGGUUCAAUGGACUCUCAUUCAGCAACACAAAGAAAAACACGAUGAAAUUAUUGGCUAUAGAGUUAUUGUGAGAAAUGCAAUACAUUCUUUCAAGGUUGACACUUUAAGUGUCACGUAUUCGGUUGCUCUCAAUCAUCUUUUACCCGAAGCAAAUUACAGUGUAUCAGUUUUCGGCUUUGGUAAUGGAACAAAAGGAAUUUCAAGCAAAUGGAUACAUUUUAAAAUAAAUGAUCGUGAGGGGCCAUCUGGAGUUAGUAAUAAAGGAGGAACUAACACAGACGGAAGGAACUUUACUUUAACAAUCAUCGUUGUUUUGAUUGUCGGAGUUUUGUUUUAGGCGACAACUUUUGAGUAGCCACUGUGUCGGAUGUUUUACGAAUAGUCAAUUUUUACGUCACUAAUAAAAUUUAUGGUAAAAUAAUUUUACAAGUCGUUAUAUCUCAUUGUUUUCCCAUGCUCCAAAAAAGCCUAAAUUUCACAAAAAGAAAUCAGCUUCGCCACCAAAAAUGUUGUCAGUGGUUUUUUAAUUUACCGAAAUAUAUAUAGUUGUGCCAAAACAAGCAUUUGUUGUAAAUCGAUAUAAUAUAAAAAUAGCGCCAUAGUGGAAAAACAUGAGAACAUGAAUUACAACUAAAUCCAAUACCUGAACUAUAUCCAUUGGAAUAUAUAGAUAUUGGCAGAAAUCAUCACAAAUAUUGCAUUCUCAACGUGACACUACAUUAUUUUACCGCAAGCAACUGGCAGAAUCUCAAAUAAACUCUCCUGAUUUAUGUUUCUUGUUGUAUGAGUGUAGACAAAAUAUGCCUUUUUGGAGAAGCUAUGUA